GUGAGGCCAGACAUGUAAGGAACCUGUCCAAGGUUACAGGAAGAAGGAGGCACAUCACCCAACUGUGCAAAAUUCACGAGGCAUGCCUUCGGGUUUCCACAAGCGCCCUGCAGAGCAAACUUUGCUAAUUUAUAGCGACGAGUCUGACAAUCCUCCAGCACCGAUAAAUCAGUGGUUCUCAACCAGGUCACGCAACUAGAAAUUGGCUUCAGAGACACAGAAAAGGAACGGGAACCUGUUUGAACCAAAGGAGUUUCCCCUCGGUCACGCCAGCCUAUAAGCCUCCAUAAAGCAGCCCGAGUGGCCCCUCCCCUCCCUGGCAAAGGUGUAAAGGCUCCGUGUUUACCCGAGUGGCUCCUACGAGGACAAAGGGCGUGUGCGCUCCCCACCCAGGAUAUCCUAGCGGUCCGUCUCGCUGCUGUCCCAUGUCCAAGCGGCAGGACCUGCUGCAGCUCCCCGAGGGCCCGACCCGCCGCCAUGAGGUCCUGCCUGUGGAGGCUCGGGCACCUGCGCCAAGCCGUCUGGCUCUUGACGGCAGUCGUGCUGAUUUUCUUCCUGUUCACCCUGCCCACCUUCGUCAAGGAACCUAACUCGAAGCUCACCAGGCCUCAGGAUAGAGAGGGCAUUAGAGAAAGGUCUUUGGAGUGGCUCCAGACGGCCACGCCCCCAGCACCCACCGUGGAGAGGAAGACCCCCGCCCGUGGAGGGUCCGCGCAGGGGAGCAGCACACCGCAGCAGCGCCCCCAGGCCACGGGCCACACGGACGCCAGAGCGCCCGGCACGGCGAGGACCGCGUCGGUCAAGAGUCAGGAGAGAAAGGACACCACGGUGGACGUGCUGUCCCGGAGAAGUCAGGACAGGGCGAGGGCCUCCAAUGGGACUGAGGCCCCAUCGCAGACGACGCCGGACAGGAGGACCCCCGAAGGACGGAGGGGCGAGGACGGAGGGCCGACGGCCGCGAGGACAGCGCCCACGGAGCCUCGGGCACCUGGUCCGGAAUGGGGGGCUGAGGCGCUCACCACCAGGGCAGCAGGGCCGCCCCUGAGGAAGACGCAAGGGGGGGCCACGGCCACGGUCCCACCCAGGCGGCCAGCCCAGUCUGCCCCGAGCUCUGCGCCCUCCCAGCGCCUCGCCACACGGAGGGGCCCCACUACACAGAGGGGCCCGACCACACGGAGGGGCCCCACUACACAGAAGGCCCCGAGGCUGCAGGCCGCCAGCUUCAAGUCUGAGCCCAAGUGGGAGUUCGAGGAAAACUACAGCAUCGACGUGGGGGGCCUACAGACGACCUGCCCCGACUCUGUGAAAGUGAGAGCUUCCAAGUCACGCUGGUUCCAGAAGCUCUUUCUGCCCAACCUCACCCUCUUCCUGGACUCCAGACGCUUCAACCAGAGCGAGUGGGACCGCCUGGAGCACUUCGCACCCCCCUUUGGCUUCAUGGAGCUCAAUUACUCCUUGGUGCAGAAGGUGGUGACACGCUUCCCUCCAGUGGCCCAGCAGCAGCUGCUGCUGGCCCGCCUCCCCGCCGGGAGCACCCAGUGCGCCACCUGCGCCGUGGUGGGUAACGGGGGCAUCCUGAACAACUCCCGCGUGGGCCAAGAGAUAGACAGCCACGACUACGUGUUCCGACUGAGCGGAGCUGUUACCGAGGGCUACGAGCAGGAUGUGGGUACUCGGACAUCUUUCUACGGCUUCACUGCCUUCUCCCUGACUCAGUCACUGUACAUCCUGGGCCGUCGGGGUCUCCCGCACGUGCCCGUGGGGAAGGACAUCCGCUACCUGCACUUCCUGGAAGGCAGCCGGGACUUCGACUGGCUGGAAGCUCUGCUUCUGAACCAGACCCUUGAGAAAAGGAGCCUUUUCUGGUACAGGAAAAGGCCCCAGGAAGCUUUCAAGGACACGGUGCAGCUGGACAGGUACCUGCUGUUGCACCCAGACGCCAUCCGCUACAUGAAGAACAGGUUUCUGAGGUCUAAGACGCUGGACACUGUCCACUGGAGGAUAUACCGCCCCACUACGGGGGCCCUCCUGCUGCUCACCGCCCUCCAGCUCUGCGACCAGGUGAGUGCCUAUGGCUUCAUCACCGAGGGCCACGAGCGCUUCUCAGACCACUACUACGACACAACGUGGAAAAAGACAGUCUUCUACACCAACCAUGAUUUCGCCUUAGAGAGAACACUCUGGAAGCGGCUGCACGACGAAGGCAUCAUCAGACUGUUCCAGCGUCCCGUACCUUCCCGCCGAAGACCUGACCAGGGCCUUUCCGAGGCUGGGACCAGGCUCCCAGCCCCUCCAGGCCACUGAGGGGACGUGUGUCCAGGGGUGCCAGGUGGCAGAGGCUUUGGAGACCUGGGAACGUGGCUGAAGGUUCUGUUCCCAGGAUGGGGAAGAAGGGCUUCUUUCUUGAGACCAAAACAUGUUCACUAAAUGCAGUGAUGAGUGGCCAGUACGCAUCUCUGCUGAACAUCGCCCGUCACCAUCCGAAAGCUACUGGGCACGGAGGAAAGAGCCAGAACUCAGGGAGAUAGGGAUCUGGGUUUGCAUUCCAGAUCUUAUACUUAGCAGCUGUGAAACCUGGAAGGGGGUUACUUAAUGUCACUCUACACCGACUGGAGCAGUGAUUUUCAACCGAGGCGCCGCGGCAGGUGCACGGGGGGCGCCGCGAGGAUUUUGAAAAUGUGCAAUGCCUGACUGUUUAGUCAGGGCCACAGACCUCUUUUCCCUUAGACUGUCAGAUUUGAAACAUGACAAGAGUGGCCCUGACAGGUGCAGCUCUGUUGGUUGAGUGUCAUGCUGCAAAGCGAAAGGUCGCCAGUUCGAUUCCCAUUCAGGGCACCUGCCGGAGUUUGUAGGCCAUGUCCCGGGUUGGGGCAGGUAUGAGAGGCAAUCUAUCAGUGUCUCUUACACGCAGAUGCUUCUCUCCCUCUCUUUCUCCCUCCCUUCCCCUCUCUCUAAAAAUAAAUUUAAAAAAAAUUUUUUAAUGGCAAGAGCCAAUACAACAACA